AUGAUAUAUUUUACUUUUAUUUUUGUAUUAUUCUUAUUUCAAUAUGAAAGAAUACAAAUUUAUGGUGCAGAAAUAAAAUGUGCCUCCUGUGCAUCAGAAGGAUUAAAAGUUAAUUGGGCUGCUACAACACUUAGUUAUCCAAAAAAUUCUACAUCAUUUUUUGAUUCUUCAUGUAAUGAUGCAGUUAAUGUUAACAAAGUAAUAAAUUGUCAAUCACCAUGUUUUAGUAUGGCUGUUAAUUUAGAAUCAGAGCCUGAACCUUAUAUUGUACGUGGAUGUAUGAGUGACUUUUUUGAUAGUCCUACAAUUUCUGAAAUAGCAUUAAAAAUCAGUAAUGGUACUGAAUAUUGUCUUGGAAGUUUAGAAGAUACUCCAAAAAAGAACACUUUUGAAACAAACUGUGAAAAACCAACACCCAUAGAUUCAAAUACCUGUUAUAAAUGUAAUAAAUUGUAUGGAGAUGGAAAAUGUAAACCUAAUAAAGAAUCAGUUUGUACUGGUAAUUAUUGUGUUAAAGUUACCGGUCAUUAUGGAGAUGCUAAAUUUGAAGAAAGAAGAUGUUCUAAUAUAAAUCCGUACUUAAAAAAUACUUGUGUUGAAACGGAAACACAAUUUCCUUUAUCAUUAGCACAAUCUGUUACUGGAGAUGAAAUUAUUAAAUCAACUGUAUGUUAUUGUGAUGGAAAUCUUUGUAAUUCUACAGCAUCACGUUUUGUUUCAAUAACCACAUUCUUUUUUACAAUCAUCUUCAUUAUUUAUCAGUAA